GCAAUCAGUGAGCUUCUCUCGCUUUCGAAAGAAAAAUCUUUUUCGCAAAAAGAAAAAGUACUUUACACUGGCCACAGUGUAAAAUAAGGGUGAAAAGAUCGAAAAUCGGAGGUUUCAAAUUUGAAUUUCCGCGCAAAUGAGAGGGACGAGGUGCGAUGGCCUACAAAACUCCGCAGGUGUACUCCUCUCGGAAAACGGAAAAAUGAUGGAAUUAGAAACGGGUCAAUGCACAAUUAUGGAAUUGAAAAAAGAAAAUGUGAAGGAGCUCGCGCAGGUCUUCAAAACCGUCGCUUUUAAGGAUACAGGAACGUGGCACGCUUCCGAGGCGGGCAUGAAGAUCACAGUCGACGAUGGAUCCUAUCAGCUGGCCAGCGUUUUUAUCAAUCCGGCGUUCUUCUCGAGUUUUAAAGUUCGCGAGGAGAUAGUUUCGAUGAAAAUCUCGAUUAAAUCGAUUUCUGAAUUCCUGAGCAUUUCGGAAAACUCGUCGAGUUCUGUAAAAGUCUCGUAUCCGGGAAUGUUUCAGCCUGUGAAAAUGCUUGUUGAAGACGCAGACGGAUGGGUGGCACGUGGCAAUUUUACAACAACGCUGGCAGAUCAAGAGCUCGACUUUGAAUUCGAUGACGCUGGUGUGCUGGCGACCUAUCUGCUUAAAACUCAAGUUCUCAAGGAGAUUAUCAAGGACUUCGAUGACACAAGCCGAACGGUGAGAAUUCAAUUCACCAAGAAUUCACUGUGUUUCACGACUUUCGGUGAUGUUGGCGAGACUACAGUAUCAAUACCGUCUCGAAGCCUUCAAAUGGAAAGUGUAAAGUGCCUUGAAGAAGUUGAAUUUAGCUAUCUUCUGUCGCUUAUUCAACGAAUGACUACCGCCUUUAUACUGGCUACAAAGCUCAUCCUCCGUGUCGACGAGCGUGGCGUCCUCUCCUGUCAAUUUUCAAUCGAUCACGGCGAGGGAAACGCAAGCUACAUUGAAUUUCUGACGGUGCCCGCUGAUGAAGAAGAAUAAAAUAUUAUAUACAUUUUUAAUUUUUUUUUAAUGUUCGAUCCCCGAGUUUUGCAACAAGUGUACCCUCAUCUCCCGGGUAUAAAAACCCGAAAAACUGCACCGAAACGCACGCAAAAAAAAUUAAUAUUUUCUUCUUUUUCGUGCUUCUUGCAAUUCUCGCUGUUGAUUUAAAUUUUCAAAUAAAUAUUGAUUUUUAUUA